AUGAUAACACCUGGUAUUCAAGACUUAUCAGAUUCGUCAGCGAUUUUGGAGUUUGAGCCAAAAGUUUCUACUCAUGAUAGUCCAAAAUCUCUUGCUGAUCAAGAGGUGCAAAGACUGGCAAGUUCCUCAACAUCAGAGGCAUCUUAUCAGCAUUUUCGUAGAUGGUCUACACGUGUUCACGUAGGAAUGUUCAAGAGCUUGCCAGAUAGAUUAUCUGGAAUCCACUGGGAUGAAGCAUUGACUGUCUCCAGUUCAGAUACUCUUUUCCUCGAAAACAGACUCAUUUCUUUCGGUAGCGAUCUGGGGUUUGUCAGGUCGUUUGUUUCCGAACCUCUUCUUACAAAAUCUGGUCGUGAUUGGAUUAAGAACCAAUCGGUUAAAGAUUCGUUCGCGGAGUGGAAGGCACGAUUUCCUGAAUUUCAUCGUAAUAUCUUGGAAUGUUGUGAUAGGAAAUCUGUUGCAAGUGAGGAGUCUGUGCUGCAUGAAAGGGAUUACUCAAUGGAACUUAAUUUUUUUGCAGAGCGAAUGUCAGAACAUGUAGCAGAACUUGUUGAAAGGGAUUUAGCACGAUAUUUCGAAGCAGACUUAAAUGAUAAGGCUCGAUGUUUCAUGGAUAUAUCUCCUGAUAUAAACGUGGGUUUGAAGUCAUCCGCUUUCACCCCAUCUGAAUGCUGUGAUGAUGUCAAAGAUAUGAUUGUACAAAGCCCGACGUCUAAUGAAGAGAUGUAUUUUAUGACAAAAACACAUCCAUCUUCGCGACGUUCAUCUUGGUUGUCUUUGUUUGACACAACAAGCAGCCGAAAAAGUCAAGAUAACGGGUCACGCUCUCGACUGUCUUUUAUUUGGCCAAUUGGUCAUCAGCAAGAUGUUUCAAAUCUGGAAAUUUCUUAUGAGAAUAGAAAUGGGUUCAUGAAUUUGGUACGACGAACAUCAUGGACUCAAAGCAGUAGUUCAGAUUUAGAAAUGAAAAUUCCGGAUGAAAUACUUAGCGGACUCUCAAUAGAUGAACGAGAUCAUGUUGAAAAGGUAUUAGAUGCAGCAAACCAGCGCUCUCGAAGUAGUCAGUUAUCAUCUUCCGUCGGAAGAAGGCAGUCUAUCUACAAACUUCCUGAUAUGGACAAUUUUGAACUUUACGAGCAGACUCACAUCAAAGGUGUAAUUGAAAAAGCAGAAAGAAGGGCUUACCCAUUCGUGAUUAAAGUCGAAAAUACUGAUACUUUUGAAAACGAUUCACAGGAUGUUGAUAACAAAUAUUAUAAGAAUGUUACUGAAACAGUAAGUAACGAAGGUGAUUCCGUGAAAUCUGUAAACGACGAAUUUGCAGUUUUGACCGGCACACCAAGAGAACAUACUCUCCAAACAAAACAAAAGUUUUUUAAAGCAACCACAUCAUCAAUUGGAAAUAACAAGGAGGUUACUGAAAAAUUAAUGAUGCAAACUGUUACAAAGGAAGCUACAACUUCAUAUCCAAGCAAAAAUGACAGAUGUGAAGAUUUUUCUAACGAGUUUUCCGAUGCAGAAAUGCAGCCUAUUCGAAGAGUUACCGAGACAGCGACGCUGUUAAAAACAGAUAUGCAAGGGAUGGACUGGCCACACUUUAAAGUUCACAAUAGUGCACUACAUAUUGAACGUAUAGAUCCAUCAUUAAAAUCAGAAGCAGGAAAUAGAACAGCAAUUGAAAAGGAGUCAGAGAUGAAUCAAACGAGCUACACUGAAGAAUGUAAAAAAUCAGAAUUAGACGGAAUAUAUGCUGAAGAAAAGAAUGAUUUGAGAGACAGAAACAUGAGUAAUGAAUUAGGAGUAAGUUCAUUUAAUAAGAACAAUAAAAGAAAAAUAAACGAAAAAGAUUCAGAUGAAAAUUCGAGCAAAGUAAAAGGGGAAUUCAUUGAGAAUCAGUCUCAUUCUCCAAAGUUUGACAUUGUAGGAAAGAAUCAAAAUGUUGACAGUUAUGAAGAGAUAAGCAUUAAAAUAACUAAUGAUGAAGUAAUGCAGCAGAUAGGUAAAAUGCAAGAACCGCUGAGAAAGUCGGAAGAACAGAAGACGAUCACUGCGGAAAUAUCUGAUAUCAUGGAUGAAGAAUUAGGUUGUUUUAAAAUGAUUAAUGGAUCAACAGAACAACUCGUAAUGCCAAAAGAAAAUGAUGAUGACUUCUUACUACAGAAACUAUACACUAGAGAGAAAGAUGAUAAUGAUAAAUGCUUAACCAAAGAAAAGUUUGAGCACAUUGCUAUUACAUCCGAGGAAUGGGAAGAAAAGCAGAAUACAUCCUUUUUGAGUGGAUUUCAAAUUUUGAACAAGGAAUGGAAAAAAACUGUAGACUUGAUUGAAAAAGAAGUAACAGAUUUCAGGAAUAUAAAAGAAAAGUCAAGAAUGGUGAAUUUAUUUGGUUCCAAAGUAUCGAAAGAAAAAAAAAUUGUCGAGGAAAGCUUAAACAAACAUAUUUUAACCAAGGAAGAACUGAUUCACAUUCAAGCUGUAGAACAGCGUGCCAAACAAUUUGAACAGUUUGGCAUUGCUCAAGAAAGAACCCAGAUUGGAAUCGCUCAUAAAGAAUUAAUUUUGGGAGUAAAUGAACUAACAAAUGAAGAAGCGACGCAUAAUGAAAGAGGAGAAUUGAAAGCUGAAAAAGAUGAAUUCUGGCAUGACACAUCGUCAGUUUUUCCUCUAAAGUAUAAUUCAGGGGAUAAAGACGGAGAAGUUUUACUGAAAGAUGAAAAUGAAUUUGAUGAUUCCAUAAAUCUACGUAUAGAAGGCAAUACAGCUGAUGUUGUCAGUAUCACUGAUGAAGUAAACCUUUAUCAAAAUAGUAAAUCUGCGAAUGAUAAAUCAAAAUUACAAAAACGGUUUGGCCCGAAUAAAAGGUUUUUAAGUGCUGAAUCAGACUAUGAGCAGAUGCAUUCUGAAAGUAGACGUCUUCAAAUUAGUGAACUAACCGAGGAGGAAAUAACUCAUAUUUGUAGUGUUGAAGCACUAGCUGCUUUAGAAGAUCGAGUUUCUAAAGUUACAACUACUGAAUUUAUUGAAAACCACCAUUCAGUAUCGUCACCUGUAUCAUUCAGUGACUCAUCAAACAUCGGUCAUUCAGAAACUGAAGAAGGUUUAAGAUUAUUUAAGCCCAUUCUUGGAGCUGCACUUCCUAUACCAAAACAAGCGGAAGAAUGCACAAAUACAGGAGGAUUUUUGAGGAAUAUCGCUGUUUACGGAAAUGAAAAUUUAAGAGCACAAGUUGUUCAGAAUCUUAGUCUAACUAAUUUUUCUCAAGAUGUAAGCAUAGAAAAUUUUAACGAUGAACGACUAAAGAAAGAUCGAGCAAUGGAUUCUGUAUUAUGUUCGCCAUCCACGAAAGAAAAAUACUCGGAUUUCAAUUAUAGAUAUCAUGCUGUGAAAAAAAGUGAUAGUGAUAGAUUUUCUGGUUUAACAGAAGCUGAAAUUCAACAUAUUAGAAGAGUUGAUCAUCUGUUUGAAACUGAAAAUGCAAACGAUUUGUCGAGUAUGUUGAUUCUUGGAGAAAGCGACUCUGGGGUUACAAAUAAUGUUUACUUCACUACCAAUGUAACUAGAAAUAUUACAGAGAAUGUAGCAAAAAAACAACAUCCAACAAUUGUUAAGGAGAAACAAGAAGGAUUUCAGUUUAGCAACGUUCAGGAUAAGUCGAGAGGUGGCUCUUAUCUCAGCGUUGACUUAAAAAGCAGUGAAAUAAACGUAGAGCAGAAAACGAAUCCAGUAUUGUCAAAAAUGCAAGUUAAAGAUGAGACGCCAUUCGAAUUAAGGUUAGGAAAGGAGUUUAAAAAGAAGUGGAGAAUAGAUCUGCGAAACGAUCAUUGGAUGGAAAAGCAAAGAAAACCAGAUGAUAGCGUAAAAUCAUUCGAAGAAUCUUAUCAUGAGCUUCAUAUCUCGAACUGGUAUCAAAAAAACCUAAAAUCACUGAAAAGGUCGCUCUCUAUCGAAGAUUUCUCAGGUUUCAAUUUUACAGCUCAUAAUUGUAAAAUCAGCCAAAAAUUGAAUUUAGUAUAA